AUGUCGGUAAUUGAAUAUGAAACAGAGUUCAAUCGGAAGCUUCAGUUUGCCCAGCGGUUUGUACCAAGUGAAAAGGACAAGAUUAAUCACUUCGUCAAUGACUUUCGAUGGAAUAUUCACGAUUUCGUCACCAAUCGCGACAUACCUUCAUUUGCCAAAGCAGUUGAACAUGCAAGGAAACGGGAGCAUGAUCUGAGUCUCCCUGAUGAUUCUGAUGUACCGGAGAAACGAUCGAGAUUGAAUAUGCAACAGAACUACAACCGAUGUGGCAAGAAUCACCAGGGACGAUGUAGUGAUGAUCAAACUUCUGUACAAUGCUUCUAUUGUGGUGAAGCUGGGCACAUACGAACUCAGUGCCCUCAAAAAGAAAAGGCAUGUUAUAAUUAUGGCGUGUUAGAUCAUCGUAUGCAAGAAUGCCCAAAGAAUAGACUGGAGCAAAGUAAGGGGUCGUUACAACAACCGAUGCAACGACCGAUACAUACAGCGGGGGCUUCAACCAAAAAGGAGGAUGUCCCGAAACCUCAUGCCAGGGCGUUUCAAAUUACCACGAAGGAAGCCAUGAACGAUCCCGACGUUGUUACGGUACCAUUAGUUGCUGAUAAAGUAUUUAGAGGGUGUACAUUGCUUCUAGAUGACUAUGAAUUUCUUAUCGAUCUCAUUCAAACUGAUAUACGUGGAUUCGAUGUUGUUAUUGGUAUGGAUUGGUUGGCAAAGAAUCAAGCCGGCCAGCCUCUUUUUGGGUUUCCAUACCUUGGGACUUUAUGUUCAUAA